CUCGCAACUCCAGCGGAAGCUGCCUGGAAGCUCCGCCGUGGAGAGCUCGAAGGAGUAAAGUAGUAAGCAGUUGGACGUGUUCGCUGCUUCACCCUCGCUCUGUCUCAUCAGCAUUGGAUGUCAGGAAUGGGCCGUUGAGAAACUUGCGCAGGAUUCACGAUGACCUCGCGUCUGGUCCUGGUCAUUGGGGACCUGUUCAUCCCGGACAGAGCUCCGGACCUUCCAGCAAAGUUUAAGAAACUCCUUACUCCCGGCAAGAUCGGCCAGAUCCUCUGUCUAGGCAACCUUACCGAUCGGGACACCUUCGAGUUCCUGCGGCAGAUCGCACCCGACCUACAACUGGUGAAGGGCGAUUUCGAUGUCGAUUCUCCUAACCUUCCUCUCUCCAAAGUAGUCACACAUGGCAGCCUCCGCAUUGGCUUCACUCAUGGCCAUACCAUCAUCCCGCCCGGUGACGCAGAUGCUCUCCUGAUUGCGGCCCGUCAGAUGGACGUCGAUAUUUUGCUAUGGGGAGGAACGCAUCGGUUCGAGGCCUUUGAGAUGGAGGGUCACUUCUUCGUCAAUCCCGGCAGUGCGACUGGAGCGUUCAGUACGGGAUAUGCGCCCGAAGGCCAAGACCCGACUCCGAGCUUCUGCCUGAUGGAUGUCCAAGGAGAUGUGCUCGUUCUCUAUGUGUACCAGCUAAAGACGGACGCGAGUGGAGCGGAGACCGUCGCAGUCGAGAAGGUGUCAUUCCGCAAGAACAGCGGCACCACGUCAUGAUUUCUAUUUCUUCUACCAGCAUUUUGUACAUACCCCUAAGAAUGUGUGCUAUUAUGACCCUGCAAUUCUAUCAGAAUCAUUGUUCAUCCGCUACUUCCUCCCCAUCUUCUU